AUUUCAAAAUAUUUUGUCAGAGUUGAAAAAAUAGUCUGAAGAUCGUGAAGACUUGAAUUCAGUUAAAUUUGUGCCGUUGAAUUGAUUAAAUUCACUGAAUGAUAAUGUAAUUUGAUCAGGAUGGCUGGAAAUCAAAGUGAUCUAUACAGAUGGAAGCGAAUUACGUCGAAGAAUAAGCCUGUGGCCUCGGUUACUAAGAAGUCCUCAAAACCAACUGAUGAUAUUCAAGAUUGGAUCAAGAAAGUCGAAGAAGCAUCUAAUCAAGCAGCAGCAGUGACCUUUGGCCUUCCGGCUAGAGGUCAAAGGGCAAAUGGAUAUAGUACAGUGGAGGCCACUCUCGAUGCUGUACAUGAUCACGAUGAGGCGUACAGUGAAGCACAAGACCUCCUUAGUCAGUGGAUGGCCGAGAAAUGCAACUUGGACGAUCCUGUGACGAUGUAUGAUGAGGAUGAAAAUGAGGGCGCCCUUCAAGGGUCAACGGAGGUCAGAUCUGCUCUGCGGAGUGAAUGGGACGACAUGCUAGAGAGGCAUGAUCCAAUGCUAGUCAGCAAGACCAAAUAUACAACAUCAGAUGAACUGUAUGCUGACAUUGAGAGCAGGGAUGACUACAGUACUGUGCAGAAUAUACUUGGUUCUCUCAUGGAGAAAGAAUUGAUGGCACCAAAACAAAAGAAGAAACUUCAGUUGGCCAGUGAGGAAAAGAAGAAGACGGACCCCAGAACAACAAUGGCUGCAAGACAACAGAAGGUUAAAGAGAAUCGACAGAAGAAGGAGCUGGAACGCAAGCAGCAGCUGGAAGCCAGGCAGGCCAAGAAGACGGCACAGUUACAGGCUAGACAGAUGGUACAACAAGAAGAGAAAGAGAAGGCGAUGAAGAUACAGAGAGAAGAACAAAUGAUAAGAGAAGAGAUGAUGAGGAUUAGAAAGGAAUUACAAGAGCAGAAGAGAUUGGAGGAGGAGGCACGAACAAGGGAGAAAGCAAUCUUAGCGGAAGCUCGAAGAGAGGAGGACGAGAGGCAAAGAAAAAAAGAGCUGGUAAUGAGGAAGAUAGAGAACGCUAGACAGCAGCAGAUAGAUAAAGAUAGGAGAGCCAAGGAGGAGAGAAUGAUAAGAGAUGCUCAAGAGGCUCGUAGGCUCAAGACCCUUCAGAGCCACUUCCAUGCAUGGUAUCGGCUCGUCCAGGACCAUCGGCUUCAGAUGGGUAAAGCGAGGGCGCUCUCCGAAUGGCGAUGUCUCCUGAAAUCUUGGAACGCUUGGAGAGCUUUUGUUAGAGCAUGCCGAGCUGAAAGGGAAGCCAAGCAGACCGAAAUGGAAAUUGAGCUUUCCCACAGGAGAAAAAUUGUGGCUGAGAAUCAUUACCGUCACCAUCUCCUUCAGAAGACCUUUGUCGCCUGGCAGGUUUACUGUCAUAAAGAGAGCCAAGAGAAGGAAUACAAUGAGCAGCAAUCGCAGAGACGAUCCAAGAUGGCUGCCUUCCUUGAUGCUGCAGCGUCAGGCAAGCUUUGGACCAAUCGUGGUCAGGAAGAGGAACUGACUCCUCGCUCUGGUCGGCCGGUCUCUGCUGGUAGGGUGAUGGGGGCCAACUUUGAUGGUGGAGAUGGAUAUGAUCCCAUCUCUAGCAGAAGUGAUCCUUCAUCCCGACCUGGUUCUACACACACCAGACAAGAGAAAGGGACUAGGCACCAGUCUUCAAGGAAACCUAAACAUGCAUGGCAGGUUACAAGGAAACAUGUUAAUCUGACAGCAGAAGAAAUAGCUUCAAUUGGAGACAAUAUGGACGCUGCCUUAGUGGACAGUCCAACAUCUGGACAACCUCCCUCUGGUGUGAAGCACUCCAAAGAAGGCAAAAAGCCUAUUCAGUACACGGUGAAUAAUUUCGAGCAUAGAUAUUCAGCACAGCAGAAGCUUCUUGCUGAGCAACAGGAGCAGUUGAGGGAGCAAAGACGGUUGAUAGAAGAGCUGCAACUGGGUCAAAAGCAACAGGCAAUGAAGAAGCAGUUAGAGCAGAUUCAAGAUGGGGAGUAUUCACAGGACCUGGAAGAGCACCCUGGAGGCCAUCCAUUGGAUAACAUGUUUAACAGAGGUCAAAGGUCAGCAAGAUCUGAUCUCAGUACUGGGGACUCUACGUCAAGAACAAACUGGAGCGAAGAGUCGGCUUCUUCGAACAGGACAAGGUCGACCUCAAGGUCACAACCUCCUAUACUCAAAGGAAUGGAGGAGAGAGCAGCACAGAGAGCUAAAUUGAAAGCAGAGCGAGAGGAGAGACAUAAACAGAGAGAAAGACAAAAAUUGAAAGAGAUGCAGGAAGAAGAAGAAAGGAAAGUAGCAGCGGAGGAGGCUGAGAAGAAGGCAGCAAUUGAGAAGAGAAGAGAGGAGAAAAGGCUUGCUAAACAGAGAGAGCAGGAGAAAUUGGAUCGCAUUGAGAAAUCACGGCGACAGAUGGCACAAGCGGAUGCUCACUAUCAGAGUUCGCUGCUCCGUCAUUACGGUUUCAAGCCAUGGUGUAAACUGGUACACAUGUCAAGACAGAAUAUGCAGGUUGCAAUCGACCACCACAGUCAUAACUUGCUUCACACAGUACUAUUAUCAUGGCAUCACAUGACACAGGAAGUGAUUCAACGUAAGAAUGACCUCGCUGAUGUCAGGUUCAAAGAGAUUCUUCUAAGAAGAAGUUUCAAUUCGUGGAAGAGGUUUGGACAUUACCAGUCUAUACAGCUUCAGAAGGCUAGAAGGCAUUAUCUCCACAGACUGAAAUCUAAAGCCUUAUUGCAAUGGAGAGAUUGGGUGACCGACGAGAGAAUAAGGGCGUGGCAAGCAGAGGAGAGAGCCGAGGAACACGAUACAAGACGGAUAAUGAAAACAGCAUUCCGUGCAUGGAGACGAUACCCCAGGAUGCUGAAGGAAGAGAGAGCUAAGGAGAUCCGGCGACAGGAGAUGAGGAGAAAAGUCGCAUCUAUUAUUCCAGACUUUGGACUUACAUGAAUAAUGAUAAAAUUAUUCUUGCUGGAUAUAGCAUUUUUAUCACUUCAUCAGAAGUCUUUAAGUGCUCUACAGUCAUGGAGCAAAGUUACACUGCCUUUAGCAGAGCAGCUGUUAUGUGUACUGCGUUCAAGGAUUAAAUUCCUGCGAGGCCCCUAUUUACUUCAUCUGGGUCGAGUGCAGCAGAGUUUGAAUAACCUAGUUGCUGAAGGAAAACAGGUCAUGGCUGGGAUUUGAACCCAUGACCAUGUGAUUGAAGAAAAGAUCCAGAACCACUAGGCCGUAACGCACCCACCAUGAAAAUGAUUAGGGCUCCAAUUCAGUUUUACCUCUUCAAUGACUGUAAACUCAGAAUUAUAGAUAUAUUAAAUACUAGUAUAGAUAUCUCGUUAAUAUGUUAUCAGAUCAUGGUACAUGAAUUUUCAUGGAUUCUGUGCCAGUGGGGCCUGCAAAAAUUUGAAAACUCACAGAAUGUAAGUGGCCUCUUAUGGUUGUUUAUUGCUAAUGCAGCCGAUUCCAUCUGCCAUACAAGCCAAAUGGCGACACAUUAUUCUUCUACAACAAUUGUUCUGGGCUUUAGUUUGCAUUCAGAUUUUAAUAGAUUGAGGGUGAGGGUUGCGAUAAGGUGUUAUGUUGUGUAAUAAUGGUUAGGUAUAUGGGAGAGUACAUGUUAAAUCCAGGGUUGAAGUUGGUCAUUCAGCUAUGUGUGUAAAAUUUAUAGCGGAGCAAUUGUCGCCAGAGAAGAUAGCAUGUAAUCAGCCAAGACCCUCACGCACAUACGAAUAUAGAUGACUCUGCCCCAAAUAACAUGUUCCAGUCGUGUGUAAACUAGUAUAUAUAUUAUUUUGCAAACUGCUAUAUGAAACCAUGUGACUCGUGAAUUAUUAAUACUUUGGACCAAAUCAGAAUCUUGAUCAAUAUGAAUCCUAUUGGCGUA